UGCCUUCCACUGUGCUGGGCAUCUCGCCUGCAGACCUUGCCACCACCACUACCAGAGACAGCCUCCUGCUCUCCUGCAUUCCUGACCUUACAGCUUGAACCAGCCAGGCGGCAGCGCGCUCCAAUGCCUACCUGGCAUUCAGUCCCCGACUCUGGCAUCUCCUACUGCCGCCUGAGUCCGGGAGAAGUUGGGCAGGAGUCUCCCCGCCGAUUCCCCAAAAUGGGCAACGCUUGCCUUCGCUUCAAGGAAAGGCUGAUGCAGCGGCUGCGACCCCAGCCCCCCCUGCUUGUUUUCCGUAACUUCAUGUCCCACACGAGGAGCAAAGAUUUUCGCGUGGUGCUGCUCGGCCCCGCCGGCGUGGGCAAGAGUGCGCUGGUGCAGAGGCGGGUGCGCGGCACUUUCCGAGACACCUACCUGCCCACCAUUGAAGAUACCUACCGCCAGGUGCAGGGCUGCAACCACGCCAUGGGUGCCCUGCACAUCACCGACACCACUGGCGGCCACCGCUACCCAGAUCUGCUGCGCCUUGCCAUUUCCAAGGGCCAUGCCUUCGUCCUGGUCUACUCAGUCACCAAGAAGGAAACCCUGGAGCAGCUGAAGCCCUUCUAUGAGCUGAUCCGCGCGAUCAAAGGCAGCGAUCUGCAUAAGUGUCCUAUUGUGCUGGUGGGCAACAAGAGAGAUGACAGGUACCACAGGGAGCUGACCCUCAAAGAUGGUGCUGCUCGUGCGCGGGAGUGGAAUUGCGCUUUCCUGGAGACGUCGGCCAAGUUGGAUGUCAACGUGCAAGAGCUGUUCUACAUGCUGCUGAACCACGAGAACCCUGAUGCCUGCCCCGAGAGUCCUGAGAAGAAAUCCCAGAAGCCCAAGGCCACCGAGAAGCUGCUUGGCAAGUGCAUCAUCAUGUAAGCCCAGGGUGGUAAAAGCCGACGGUAUCCUGUAGUGUGCAGAAAACAGAGAGCAAUCCCGUCCUUCUGUCACCUGUACUGACUGAUAAUUGUGAUGUGAAUUGGGGUAUAACAUCUAGAUGUCCAUACAUGUGCCUUGUAUGUUGAUAACUUUUAGUUCUCUCAGGCAAGACAACUCAGAUGGUUAAAACAUUAGCAUUUGUGGAAAAGAGGAGAAAAGGAGCAUGAUGCAUUUAAAAUAAGACCUUUAACAUAAAUUUAGAAAGAGAAACGUUUUAGAAAGAAUAAAAUACAAAAAUAUUUUGAAAGAUGCCACAGCCCUUUUGUAACCCUUGUUUUGUGUAUUAUUUGUAAACAUGUCAAUUUUUGUAAAUGUGUUGUCAUACCUUUCCACUGUGUAUUUAUUGUUAAAAAAUUUGUUUCACAACAGCUUUCAAAUAUUGCUAUGAGAUAGAUGUGCUAAACAAAACUUAAAAAAUAAAUGUCAUAUAGAUUGAUCAUUGGGAUUAGAAGCAGAGACAAUUAUGAAAGUGGAACUUGCUCAGGAAGAUGUGGUAACUGUUCCUAAGUCAACAAAAAUGUUCGGGUAUUCCACAUAGUUUUAAAAAGUGUAACCGGUUCUUGAAUUAAUAAAGCUUUUCCUACAUGCAA